GCUGAGGUCAUUUCCUGUUUGUGCUCCAGUUGAGUCGCUAGACGGAGGCCUAUCCGCGAUACCACCACUACCGUAACAACGCUCACAGACAUACAGGACGGCCACGGCGAGCUUUUCAAACGCCUAAAACGCGUCAAAUAGGCGUUGUGGGAUGAGUUUGGGCGACCGGGUUCGAGUUUCGGGCCACUGAGGGGCGGUUUGUGAGGAAAUUCGGGCGGUUGGGUGUUGUUAUUUUUGGGGCAGCUGAGUGGUCAUUGGCAGAGCUCAAUACACAGCAGCUCGCGAGAGGAAUAAACACACGUUUCACGUCUCUAAACACCCUUGUUUCACUCCACUUACAUGGGCUUUUGAGGAUUUUUACAUUUCAGUUAACCAACACAUCGCAGGAGGAUAAAAGUGGAGGUGAGUCUGGCUCUGUGGUACUGAACAUCUGCCUGACCUGAGACUCGACGCUUCCCCCUCCCCCAACCUCCCUGCCUCCCUGCCCUACGCCCCACACACCCCUAACCCAGCAUGAACGAGGUCAGCAUCGUCAGAGAGGGCUGGCUCCACAAGAGAGGUGAAUACAUUAAGACUUGGAGGCCCCGAUAUUUCAUCCUAAAGAGUGAUGGCUCUUUCAUUGGCUACAAGGAGAAGCCAGAGACGUCAGACCACAAUCAGCCCCCUCUCAAUAACUUCUCUGUUGCAGAGUGUCAGCUGAUGAAGACUGAACGACCUCGGCCGAACACGUUUGUCAUCCGCUGCUUGCAGUGGACCACUGUUAUUGAGCGGACCUUCCACGUGGAUAGCAAUGCUGAAAGAGAGGAGUGGAUACGUGCAAUCCAGGCUGUGGCCAAUGGGCUCAAGUCCCGGGAAGAGGAGGAGCCAAUGGACAUCAACUUUGGCUCCCCUGGAGACAACAGCCUGGAGGGAAUGGAGGCUGCCAUUGCAAAGUCCCGCACCAAAGUGACAAUGAGUGACUUUGACUACUUAAAGCUGCUGGGUAAAGGCACUUUUGGAAAGGUGAUUCUAGUGAGGGAAAAGGCUACUGGCAUGUACUACGCCAUGAAGAUCCUACGCAAAGAGGUCAUCAUUGCUAAGGACGAGGUUGCACACACAAUCACAGAAAGCAGAGUGUUACAGAACACACGGCACCCCUUCCUUACGACACUAAAAUACGCCUUCCAGACACGAGAUCGAUUGUGUUUUGUCAUGGAGUACGCAAAUGGAGGCGAGCUGUUCUUCCACUUGUCUCGAGAGCGUGUGUUUACGGAGGAUAGAGCUCGCUUCUAUGGGGCUGAAAUUGUUUCAGCAUUGGAAUAUCUGCACUCUAAAGAUGUCGUCUACAGGGACCUAAAGCUGGAGAAUCUAAUGCUGGAUAUAGAUGGUCACAUUAAAAUCACAGACUUUGGCUUGUGUAAAGAGGGCAUUACUAAUGAGGCCACCAUGAAGACAUUCUGUGGGACCCCAGAGUACCUUGCUCCUGAGGUAUUAGAAGACAACGAUUACGGCCGUGCAGUGGAUUGGUGGGGUCUGGGAGUGGUCAUGUAUGAAAUGAUGUGUGGCCGGCUGCCAUUCUAUAACCAGGACCAUGAACGUCUGUUUGAGCUCAUUUUAAUGGAGGAGAUUCGCUUCCCCAGAAACCUCUCGCCCGAGGCAAAGGCCUUGCUGGCCGGCCUUCUCAAGAAAGACCCCAAACAGAGGCUUGGAGGAGGUCCUGAGGAUGCCAAAGAAGUGAUGACACACAAGUUCUUCAGUUCCAUGAACUGGCAAGAUGUCCUUCAAAAGAAGCUCAUCCCACCCUUCAAGCCGCAAGUGACCUCAGAGAUAGACACACGCUACUUUGACGACGAGUUCACGGCACAGACCAUUACUGUCACGCCACCUGACCAAUAUGACAGUCUUGAUGCGGAGGACCCAGAUACACGCACACACUUCUCACAGUUCUCCUACUCAGCCAGUGUGCGGUCAGUCCUGGUUUCCAAUUGGCCUUUCAUCCGGCCAGUCCGUAGCCUGACACUACACACUGCAACACAAUCCAUCAAUGAAUCACUGAAUAAAUCUCAACCAAUCAGGUACCGUCGAAAAUACAGCUCAGCACCAGCAGGUUUCAGGACACACGCUCACACUCAAAACACUGGACUACGGGACUAA